CGCCUCGCCUCGCCUCACCUCAUCCACACGAACAGGAAGCAUUCCUCCCUCUUCCUCUCUAUAAGAUGGCACAUCUCUCUCAAGCUGCUAGGGUAGGGGAGAUCAAGUCUCACAUCCAAAAAAAUGCGAGCCUUCCAAAGCACAAUUCUCUAGCUGGUCUCCUAUACAAGCUAUGAACAUGAGCCCAUGCCCUCUGGAUGUGAAGCUCAAGAGGUUGUACAAGUAGUCCAGUACCCCUCCUCAUCUCUCUCUCUCUCUGCACUUGCAUACAGAGAUGGUCUGAUCGAUCACCUAGCUAGACCUCUUUAACCCUCUCUCUCUCUCUGCCUGAAACACAAGGCUAGCUAGACCUUAUGCAUGGCCGGACACAUCUGGUUAUAGGCCACUCCGCCGCCUGCCGCUCUCCCACUCGCUCGCAGACAUACACUGCCUAGUCCCAGGACCUAGAGAGGGGAGAGGCAUCAGGAGCCUUGGAGUCCCAUCAGUAAAGCACAUGUUUCCUUUCUGUGAUUCCUCAAGCCCCAUGGACUUACCGCUUUACCAGCAGCUGCAGCUCAGCCCGCCCUCCCCAAAGCCGGACCAAGACCAAUCCAGCAGCUUCUUCUACUACCCUUGCUCCCCUCCCUUCGCCGCCGACGCGAGCUUCCACCUCAGCUACCAGCUCGGCAGUGGUUCCGCCACACCACCACCCGCCGUGAUCGACUCGCCGCAGCUGCUGAUGCACCCUUUGAUGGAGCAGCCGCCGGCGACAAAGAUGGACGCCGGAAAUGCACAAGGUGCCGGCGGUGUCAGCCUCGACAGGGCGUCGGUGUCGGCUGCGGCGGCGAGGAAGGAUCGUCACAGCAAAAUAUGCACCGCCGGCGGGAUGAGGGACCGGCGGAUGCGGCUGUCCCUCGACGUCGCCCGCAAGUUCUUCGCGCUCCAGGACAUGCUCGGCUUCGACAAGGCCAGCAAGACGGUGCAAUGGCUCCUCAACACGUCCAAGGCUGCCAUCCAGGAGAUCAUGACCGACGACGCGUCGUCGGAGUGCGUGGAGGACGGCUCCAGCAGUCUCUCCGUAGACGGAAAGCACAACCCAGCUGAGCUGCUGGGAGGAGAUCAGCAGCUGAAGGGUAAUGGCCGCAGCGAGGGGAAGAAGCCUGCCAAAGCAAGAAGGGCAGCGACCACCCCGAAGCCGCCAAGAAAAUUGGGCAAUGCGCACCCGGUCCCCGACAAGGAAGCGAGGGCGAGGGCGAGGGAGAGGGCGAGGGAGAGAACGAGGGAGAAGCACCAGAUGUGGUGCGUGAAGCUUGCAUCAGCAAUUGACGUCGAGGCAGCAGCGGCUGCGAGGGACAGGCCGAGUACCAACAAUUUGAACCUCUCUUCGUCCAUGAACACGGCCAGUGCUGCGGCGGAAUUGGAGGAGAGGUGCUCAUCAACUCUCAACAAUGGAGGAAGGAUGCAAGAAAUCUCAACGGCGAGUAAGGCGGGUGACGUGAUCCUAGCCUUCGGCAAUGGAGGAUACGGCGGCAGCAGCAACUACUUCUGCCAAGAACAAUGGGAGCUCGGCGGAGUCGUCUUUCAGAACUCACGAUUCUACUGAACACGGGCACUACCUACGUACGGUAUUAGAACUACUCUCUGUAGUCACACAUAUCCAUCGUUGCCACAUCUCCCAUGACCUCAUCAAUAAUUUCUUGUGUUAAUCUGUGUGUAUUUCUCUUUCUUUCCUUCGUAAUUGACUGUGUGACGAUGAACUUGGUUUGGUCAUCGCAUGAUGUA